AUGGUUCGUAAUAUUAUCGACAUUAUCAAAGCAGUGGACACUUCUGGUCUUUUUAGUGUUAUUGAGAAACUUUUUGAAAUUUUAAGUUAUAUGGAUGUCGAUUGCUAUCAUGUAGCAAUUUAUUUAGGCAAUAAAAAGGUAGUUCAUAUUGGUUCUUCUAAAUUUGUUAAAUCUAGUAAAAUUAAAGAUAAUAAAUCUUUGUUAGGUGCUCGGACUGAUAACUGGGUCGAUUUUUUGCAUGGCACUGAUAAAUUAAUUAGAUAUCAUCCGAUUAUCCCUUUUCAAAGACCAUCCAAAAUUCAAAAACAUAUCACCAAAUCUGUUUUGGCUAAAUAUGGAGCAGAAUCUUAUAGUUUUUUAGGUAAUAAUUGUGAGCAUUUUGCUACACUAGUAGUAUGCGGCAUUCCUUUUUCUAUCCAAGCAGAUAAAAUCUCCCUAUCAGUUCAUAAAUUUCACUGGGAUUUAGCAAAAGAAAUGCUAAAAAAUAAGCAAGAAUUUGCCAAAAUGAGCAAUUCUGAAAAAUUUGCUGAAGAGUUAACUAAAAAUAAAGAACAACAUGUUAAAGAAAUAAACAAUUUAAAAACUAAGACAGAACUAUAUGAAGAAGAACAAUACCAGUUAAUACAGUUAACUAAAUUAGAAGCAGAGUUAGAAAAUUUAGAAAAAUUAAUUAAAAAACUCCAAGAUCAAACCAACAUUAAUGAUACUAAUUCGGAGAUAGAACUAAGAUCUAUCUCUCAUUAUGGCAGAACUGCUUCCUCACUUUCUUCGAAUAACCAAGCCUUAGUAAUUAACAAAGUGUUUCUUUAUGCAUUAAGAUUAUUCGAAUAUAAAGAUAAUAAGUUAACUGAAUUAGAAAGAUAUGCCAAAAAUAAAGUGGGUUAUCCUACUCUCGAAAAUAAAAACCAAGUAAUAGAAUUAGCUGAUACUGCAGGCAUUGAAAACUUUUAUACCAUCACUCAGUAUUUAACCCGCACCAUCCCUGUAAUUGGAGCCGGUUUGGCAAUCGAAGGUGAUACUCAAACGGGAGCAAUCAUUGCCGGAGUUUCUCUCUAUGCUGAUUAUCUUAUCUCUCGUGGAAAAGAAAAACUUUUUAAAUCUGAACAAAAGAAAGAAAAAUUAUCCGAAUUUAAUAAAGAUGCCGAAAAUAUUUAUGACCGAUAUCAAGAAUUAGCCGAGAUUCUUAAACCACUUCGUUCUGAUUCGCGAGAAGAGUUAAAUAAAUUACUUAAAAUUUUACAGCAAGAACUUAGGGAAAUUACCAAAGUAGCAGCCAAAUCAGAGUUAAGUAGAUUGUUUAUUAGUUUCCGAGAUGGAAACGAAUUUGAAUAUAAGCAAGGAAUUGCCAAUAAUGAGAUAGAAGAAAGUAUUAAAAAUAGAAUGUUAGAAUUGGAGGUAAUUCAAAAAGACAAAGAUAAUACCUCGGAAUUUGAAAAAGGACCAUUAGUCAGCACUUUUAACAAUAAUAGUAGUACUCAACUUCUAGAAAUUAAGGAUACCCUUUCUACCGCUUCUCAAUCCACCAAUGUUUUCCGAAAAAGAACUAUCAGCAAUUCUAAAGAAAAUGAAUCUACUAACCGAGAAGUUCAUGAAUUGGUAGAUUUACAAAUUCAGGAAGAACUUCAAUCUCACCAAGAAAUCCCACCUAAAUAA